GUGAAUUUACGGGGUGAACGUGGAAGUCUGGUUUUCUCUCAAAAUUGUUCGUUUUCUUCUCAUUUUUCCAUCAUUUCUAAAGUUUUUGUUCACAAAAAAUGCCAUUUCUAUUCGUUCUCAUUUCUAUCAACGUUCUGUCCGUCUCAUUGGUGCUUGUUAUGUGCGGUAAGAAGGAAAAUGAAAAUGGUACCGGAUCAGCGACAAAAAAUGAAAAGAAGCCUGAUCAAAUGCCCGAUUCUAUAAAGGAUAACACGACUCAAAUAAAUUUCACGCCGCAGUCGUCGAGUUUCAAGCGAACCGACACGUAUCACGCGGUUGCUGAAAAUUUUGCAUUCCCAGCUUCUGUAAAAUGCAAGAAUCAUGAUGACGCGUGGAGGAUUCUGGCUUUAUAUCUCGACUACAUUCGAGCGGUGAAUCCAGUCGAGUUCGCAAAAUAUAAAAUGCUCGACAGUGCUCUCGCUGUGCUCCACGACUUUAGUCAUUUGGUUCGAACCGCACACGUCUCCAAUGAAACGAUCGCCUUGUCCGUUGUCUAUUUUUUGAUAGAUUUUCACAAAAUCACGCCAAAUAUCGGCACAGCGAGCGAUCCGUGGUACAAGAUGCUGUGUAGAGACGCCACGUUGGAUGAGCUGGAACGGAUGAGAGUGCUCAUUGAGCAAGAUUUGAUGGGUGGAAAGAGCGAGGAAUACAGUGGAAAUGGAACUAGUGCUUUUGAGUUGGAGGCUAUUUAAAAAUAUUUAAAUUUAAAGAUAUAGUAAAUUUUCGUGUCGUUCUAAUUUUUUUUGAGGCGGCAAAGAUCUCUUUCUAUAACGGUUUCGAUUCAUUUCGUCGUCUGAUUUGAUGCAAAAUGAUUAGUAUUAUUCUCUUUCAAAUCAAUUUUCUGGUUCGUUUUCAUUUUUUGAAGUUUUCGU